GAGGGUAUAAAUACAGGGAGAGGGAUCCCCGCCAGCAAGUAUCCGGAACCUUUUACUCUCGUAUCCUCUCUGCUGGACACAAGGCUGACAGGCUCUCUGACACCAUGAAAGGUUUGAGGACCAUCGCAUUAACUUAUGUAGGCCUACUCACCCUUUUACUGCUGGCGUCAUUUAUCUCGCAGUCGUGGGGCGCACCCAAGGGCUCUUUCCAACGGAGAAACUGGUCCCCGCAGGCUAUGCUGUACCUCAAGGGCACUCAGGGACGAAGGUUUAUCUCAGAGGAUCGAAAAGAAGGAGAUGUCUAUGACACAUUACACUUAGAGACCCGAAGUCAGAACACAGAGAAUCUGAGAGUGGACCAGGCAGCCACCGUCCUGCUCAACUUCCUGCAGCAGGCCAGAGAUGGAGCUAAGGAGAACCCAGAUGAGGUGUAUUUCCAGGAGCUGCCGGUGUGGAAGAGAGAAUACUUCUGAUCGUCUUUCAUACAUUUCUAAAGCUGCCA